AUGGGAAUCAUCAUAAACAACUGCCUCUGGAUAGAUCGUCGCCGUGUAAGAUCUCCACAAAGGCCCUCGCAACGUGCAUAUCUUGGCAGGGAAUUGGUUGACAGCAACGAAAACAAUCGAAAAGUUUCCAUUGCUCGGAUGAUCAGAAUGUCAUCUUCAGCACGUCGAUCGCCAGCAUUAUCACAAUCCCCUCCACCAAUUCUUCAAGCUCCAAUACUUCCUGAAGCUCCAAAAGAAAGUGCUGUAGUAAGGUCGCCAUAUCGAGGACAACAUGCGGAAGGGGAUAGGAAAAGGGAAGAAGAGCCGUGGCAUUGGCAUACGAAACAGAAGAAAAUGAUGAAGAUGGAGGUUUCGGAUGCUUUUAAAUUUAGACAAUGGGUUUUGAUUGGGAUGGCAGUUGUGGCAGUGUUACCUGUUCUAGACAUUGGAAAAGAUGGAAUGAGAUCUAGGAGUACACCAUACUGGGAAGGAGUUUGGGGUACUCCAGCAAAAUGGGUUGAAUAG